AUGUCUUCUGCUAACGUCCCCGCGCGUCGAACAACGCGACUCACCCGAACACACCUCGAUGAGAAUGCGUCUGCUACAAGGACCACUCGCGGAUCUGCCAAGCCCGUAGCGGUUGUGUCGGUACCUGUCAAGACCGCCGCUGCCGCUACCACCCGCCGACCUGCCUUGACUGCCAAUAAAGAUAAGACUGAAACCACUUCGAACCGUGCUCUCGACGCCGCAAAGCGCAAGCGCGAUGCGCUGGGCGAACUUACGAACAAGAAUAAAGCAAAGACAAUACCUAAAGAUAAGGAUGGUAAGCCCCUCGGUAAGGGCAAGGACCCCCUGCACAAGCGCAGCGAGAGUGUGUCUUCGGUCUCUGGCAAGCACGAGGAGGUUAUGGAAGUCGAUGCAUCUAAAGCGACAUCCGAAGAGACCGACCGGCCACGGUUCUCACGCCGCAUUUCCGCUCGUACUGUUUCAACAUCGUCUGUUCCUGCACAUCCCUCUACAGCUACUACUGCUCAAGUCACUGGUCGACGUGCAGUUUCUGCUGCGGGCACUCGCCUCUUGCGCACUCAAUCGGCUCGCGCAGCUACUACCACCACUUCCGAGGCAAGCCUCCCUGCUGCUCCUCCUUCGACGUCUGGUGCCCAUCGUCCUACACCCGAAGAUGAACCAGAGGGUCCUGCUUAUAAGCGACGUCGCACAAGCUCCUUAGACGCUGAGGAAGCAUCUCGUGCCGUUGCUCAUAUCAAAGAAAAGUCUCAAGGCCCUGACUCUAUUGAAGUGGAAGAGCCAUGGACUGAUCUUGAUAAGGAUGAUGAUGGCGAUCCAUUGAUGGUUAGCGAGUAUGUCGUGGAUAUCUUCGACUACAUGUUAGAAAUCGAGCGCAAACAUGCCCAAGUGCUUAACCCGAACUAUAUUGAGAAGCAAAAAGAGCUCAACUGGGGCAUGCGUGGUAUUCUAGGUGACUGGCUGAUCCAGGUCCAUGCCCGGUUCCGCCUCCUUCCGGAAACUCUAUACCUUGCAAUGCAUCUCGUCGACCGGAUGCUAUCUAUCCGUGUCGUUUCCCUUUCUCGGCUUCAACUUGUCGGCGUUACUUGCAUGUUCAUUGCGGCGAAGUACGAGGAAAUCAUGGCGCCCUCAGUUAAACACUUUGUUGAGUGCGCCGACUCGGCGUACACUGAGAAGGACAUCCUCGAUGCCGAGCAGUACGUGCUCCGCGUUUUAGGGUGGGAUUGCAGCUACCCCAAUGUCAUGACUUUCCUUCGCCGCGUUAGCAAGGCCGAAGACUUUGACGAUCAGACUCGCAGUGUUGGCAAAUUUUUCGUUGAAAUAGCCUGCGUUGACCACCGUCUUCUUCCGUUUCCACCAAGCCAAAUCGCCGCUACUUCAUUGUGGCUCGCUCGUCUUAUUCUAGACCGUGACCCAUGGAACGGCAAUUUGAUCCAUUACUCGACUUACCGUGAAAAGGACCUUAUUGAACCCGCGAACAUCAUGCUCAAUUACAUGCUGGAACCUAUCAAGCACGAAGCUUUCUGGAAAAAGUACGCGAGCAAACGGUAUAUGAAGGUCUCGCCCUAUGUCCGUGAAUGGGCGUUGAUGAGGUGGCAAGAGGGUGAGGAAGUUGAUCUUGCUGCUGAGUUGCCAGGCCUGCGAGCGGCAAUCUUGGAGAGGCGAGAGAAGGAAGUGUUCUGA